CCGAGGGACAGUCUGGGGUUUGGCUGUCCGGAAGGUGCGGCGAGACCGGCCGGGAAGAUGCCAGUGGCGGUGAUGGCGGAAAGUGCCUUCAGUUUUAAAAAGUUGCUGGAUCAGUGCGAGAACCAGGAGCUCGAGGCCCCUGGAGGAAUUGCUACACCCCCAGUGUAUGGUCAGCUUCUAGCUUUAUAUUUGCUUCAUAAUGACAUGAAUAAUGCAAGAUACCUUUGGAAAAGAAUACCACCUGCUAUAAAAUCUGCAAAUUCUGAACUUGGGGGAAUUUGGUCAGUAGGACAAAGAAUCUGGCAGAGAGAUUUCCCUGGGAUCUAUACAACCAUCAACGCUCACCAGUGGUCUGAGACGGUCCAGCCAAUUAUGGAAGCACUUAGAGAUGCAACAAGGAGACGAGCCUUCGCCCUGGUCUCACAAGCGUAUACGUCAAUAAUUGCUGAUGAUUUCGCAGCCUUCGUGGGACUCCCUGUAGAAGAGGCUGUGAAAGGUAUAUUAGAACAAGGAUGGCAAGCUGAUUCCACCACAAGAAUGGUUCUGCCCAGAAAGCCAGUUGCAGGGGCCCUCGAUGUUUCCUUUAACAAGUUUAUUCCCUUAUCAGAACCUGCUCCAGUUCCCCCAAUACCCAAUGAACAGCAAUUAGCCAGGCUGACGGAUUAUGUGGCUUUCCUUGAAAACUGAAUUAUCACUGAGUUCAAGAUUCACCUUCAGAAUCCUGUAUACUGACAAACAUGGAAAUGUAAAGUUUGUAUUUUCGAUUUAUUGGCUGGAUUAAGCACCUCAGCAUUCCUUACUGAGUAUGUGAUAAAAUACGUAUAUAAUGUAAUGUAAAACAUACUGCAUACAUCUUGUCCUUAAACAUUAUGCAGAGCGGUUGCUGAAACAGGUCUCAGUUUGUAAUAUUUAAUAAUCUGGAUGGAGCCUGUCAGUAUUACAGUUAGUUUGUUUUCUAGUGACUCAUAAAAUAAGAUUUCCUGUUUCAUGUAGAAUAGUGUUUGUCAACUGUCUUUUCUCUGCCCCAGCACGUGCCACACUGUUAUCUGUACCAUUUGUUGAUAGUUGGAAUAAUUCAUUUGGAUUUGAAGAAAGACUGCCCCCAGGCACAGUAUUUGAAUUGCUGGAGAUUAUGAUUCAUCCCCUUUGGAGAAUAUACUUUCUUUUCACCCCCCACAUCCUGAGAGCCACUAAUGUAAAAUACAGAGAUGUAGCUGAGGAAAAAAUAGACCAUUUCCAUACUAAACCAAUUGGUUAACUUUAGAUUUCUUCCAAUAGUGUGAGUGUAUCCAUUGCUGGCAGUGAGGGCUUGCCAUGAAAAUGCAACCUAUUUAAGGCAUUCAUGAGAAGUAUUACGUUGUGCUGUCUCCUUUUACAAGGGAAAACUUAAAUGUGGAAUGCAUUCUAUGGGGAAAGAAGCUAUGAAGAUGUGUGAGACACUUUGUACAACUAUCCUGCAGCCCAUUGGUUGCUUCUGUUUAUCCCUUGGCUCAAGUUCUGCCCUUUGGAGAAAUGCUGAGCGAGUCUUUUAUUCUCUGUGUGACAGCCCUCUGAAUAUUUGAAGUUGUUUGUUUUAACUUCAGGUUAUAACAGCCCUUAGUUCAUUUAUUCUGCAUUUGUUCAAUAAAUAUUUAACUGAAUUCUUCAA